AGAGAGAGAAAGAGAAAGAGAAAGAGAAAGAGAAAGAGAAAGAGAAAGAGGGAGCAAGAGAGAGGAAAGAGAGCAAGAAACAGACAGAGAGACAGAGACAGAGGGAGAGAUAGGGCCACAGAGAUAGGGCCAGAGGACGGAGUGAGAGAGCGUAGAGAUGUCGGCGGCUAUACAAUGGACGGAGAAGCAAACAAAAGAGGUCAUGAAGAAGGUCAUCCGACGAGCUGAAGUGUCAAGAAUCGCCAGGCUCCUGCAACACCGUCUAGCUCUAGCAAGCGUCAAAACGCAGCACGGAUGGGAGAACCUUACGUUGGACGCCAUCGAACCUAAGGUCGAUGAAGACCUGAAACGGAAGCGGCGGCGGACAUCGCAGGAGAACACUCCCUCGCCGCAGCAACCGCCCAUGUUCAGCGACGGUGACCUCGCCUGGUUACGGAAGAACCGCCGGAGGACCACCAACGUCGAAGACCGCCCGUCCAGCCAGGCAUCGGACAUCGGACCUCUCCCGACAUUCAACAACCCAAAAAAACGGCCCCGUGCGGCCACCACCGACUUCGGCACCCCCGCAUCGAACAAGCGCCAGCGUUCGCAGCAGGAAAGUCAGGGCAGGAUGAUCCAGUCUUCCCCGGGCUAUCAUGACGUGGGUGACAUCUCACAUGGCGGGCAAAAGUUCUAUCCAACCUUCCACUCGAGUCCUCCCCGCACCCCGCCCCGCCGGCGAAAGUUCCAACCGUCGUUCCACUCCAGUCCACCGAAGACGCCUCCACGACGGAUGAAGGAAGGAGCCGACCUCCUACUGUACCUCGCUACGUCACCAUCUCCGGCUGCAGCCGCAAUGCCCCGGACCAGAUAUGUCCCGACCACCCCACCGUCACGAGCCUCCGCUCUCCCGUCGUCGAUGAUGUCCACCCCCGCGUGUCCCCAGACCCCGCAAACGGGCUUCAACUUUGCGGAUUUCGUGAACAUAACGCCGUCGCCGGCGCAGGCCGCAUUCGGACCGGUGGGACGCGGUACGCCAAUCGCAAAAGCCCAGAGACGCUUGAACUUUGAUCAACUCGUUCCGCCGUCCGGAUCUCCGCCCAACAGACCCACCGGCCUGGGAGUGGCCCUGGGCGGUAAUCUGGUUUCGUAGUGUGGUGGUGAUUCACGGUUGACUAUGCGUUUUUUUCCCCUCGUAUGGCCGGCCUCUUGCCCUCCAAGGCCGAGCGUGUGUACGGUGUGUACGAAGACCAUGACGGGAUGGGAUGGGGAUGGGGAUGGGGAU